CACUGCUCUCUCUCUCUCCUUCUUCUGCUGCCGCUGCUUUUUUUUUUUUUUUGGUUAUUUUCUUUUCUAUUCCAGUACAGAAAAUGGGAGCUAGCAGCGACCCGAAUCAAGACGGGUCGGACGAGCAACAAAAACGAUCUGAGAUCUACACAUACGAGGCACCAUGGCACAUCUACGCUAUGAACUGGAGCGUCCGCCGUGACAAGAAGUACCGCCUUGCCAUCGCCAGCCUCCUAGAACAGUACCCAAACCGGGUCGAGAUUGUUCAGCUGGAUGACUCCAACGGAGAGAUCCGAUCCGACCCGAACCUGUCCUUCGAGCACCCUUAUCCACCUACGAAGACCAUUUUCAUUCCAGACAAGGAGUGCCAAAAACCUGACCUCCUCGCAACGUCCAGCGACUUCCUGCGCGUGUGGCGCAUAAACGAUGAACAGCCGCGCGUGGAGCUCAAAAGCCUGUUAAACGGCAACAAGAACAGCGAGUUUUGCGGGCCUUUGACUUCCUUUGACUGGAACGAGGCGGAGCCUAGGCGAAUUGGGACAUCCAGCAUCGACACGACAUGCACCAUCUGGGAUAUCGAGAAGGAGACUGUUGAUACACAGUUAAUCGCUCACGACAAGGAGGUAUACGACAUCGCAUGGGGUGGUGUUGGGGUUUUCGCUUCGGUUUCAGCAGACGGGUCGGUUAGGGUUUUCGAUUUACGGGAUAAGGAGCAUUCGACGAUAAUCUACGAGAGUUCGGAGCCCGACACGCCUUUGGUGAGACUAGGUUGGAACAAGCAGGAUCCGAGGUACAUGGCGACGAUCAUCAUGGACAGUGCUAAGGUUGUGGUGUUGGAUAUUCGCUUCCCAACUCUUCCAGUGGUGGAAUUGCAGAGGCAUCAUGCUAGUGUUAAUGCUGUUGCUUGGGCCCCUCAUAGUUCUUGCCACAUUUGUACUGCUGGGGAUGAUUCACAGGCAUUGAUUUGGGAUCUUUCUUCGAUGGGUCAGCCUGUUGAGGGUGGAUUGGACCCCAUUCUUGCUUACACUGCUGGUGCUGAAAUCGAGCAGCUGCAGUGGUCGUCUUCGCAGCCUGAUUGGGUUGCUAUUGCUUUCUCUACCAAGCUUCAAAUUCUCAGGGUUUGAUCGAAUUUGCUAGGCAGGACUUUAGUUUUUCUGUGUAGAACCUCCGUUGUGGUAAAAAGAAAACGAAAAAUAAAAACGCUGAAGUUAGUUGUUGCUAUCUGACUGUUCUUUUAAAAUCGAACUUCUUAAUCUUUUUUUUUUAUACUAGUGGUUUGUGUAUCUUACUAUUA